UGCCCCUCCCCCUCCUACCCUCUCCCUCCCCGCCGCCACCCGCCCCUCGCCACCGCACCGCCAUCCCCCAGCCCGCGUUUCCCCCACCUGCACCCCACAACGCACCACCGCAGCUGCGGCGCCCGCCGGAAGCACACGGAACCCGCCGCUGUUUGUGACCCUCGACCGCGCGCCCAACAACAUUACCUCAAUCCUUUGGCCCUGGCCCUCUAUUAUAUCUUCCACCAUCGUACACACACCCUCUGUCCUGCCCUUCUUACUGCCUCCACCAGGCCUAUACCCGCAUCCCUCUUCCUCUCGCCUCCCUCUAUCCCCCCAUCUCUCCGGCCGCGCGAUCACGCAACCAAACACGAUCGAAUCACGCGCCUCCACCGCGGCGAGACCCGCCAGCUCAUAUUCGCGUCCCCCGUGAUCAUUCCUUUUGUUGACCACCUGGGACGAGCACUAGAAGGAGUGCCCCGGCAAGGCUGCUUUGACGUGCAAUAAGAGGCACGUUAAAGGCAUCAGCAAACGAGUAUGACUGUCACGCAGAGGAAGCCGAGGGUGGAUAAUGCCCAAAACGAUAGCCGACCUAUUAUCGAGCCAGGUAUCAAGUAUACGUGUGAUUUCUGCCAUGUGGAUAUCACUCAUACCGUACGCAUAAAAUGUGCUAUGAAGCAAUGCGAGGAGGUCGAUCUCUGUCCAACUUGCUUUUGCGAGGGUAAAGAAGGCUUGCAACACAAGGCAUGGCAUGAUUAUAUGGUUGUCGAACAAAACUCUCAACCGAUAUUCACCCCAGAUUGGGGAGCCGACGAAGAGUUACUGUUAAUAUCUGGCCUCAUUCAAAAUGGUCUGGGUAACUGGGCUGAAGUAGCGCAACAUGUUGGGACAAGAACUAAAGAGGAAUGCGAACAACAUUACCUUCAAGUUUACCUGGGUGUGGGCGAACACGGAGAGGACCUGAGGGUGAAAGAGAAGGAAGCAGACGAGAAGGUGGAUGAGUCCAAGAGACGUAGAAGAGAAUUCAUGCCUCCUAUGGACAGGAGCUUCCCUUAUGAUCCCGAUGAGUUCCAGCAACGUAAGAAAGCUCGGAUAGAGGAACUUCGUAAACCGCAAGCUUUACCUCCGUCCAACGCUGCCCCGCCAGUCUCGGCACCCACAAACCACGAAAUCGGUGGUUUCAUGCCGGCUCGUCUCGAAUUCGAGCACGAAGUAGACAAUGAUGCCGAAAUGGCUGUAAAGGAUAUGGAAUUUGGACUUGUAAUGCAGUACGGUGGCGAUGAACAACCACAGGCAAAGAUCACUCGUCCUCCAGAUGAAGAAGAGGAAGAAGACGAAGAAGGAGGAGGAGAAGAUGAAAAGGGCGUGGAAAAAAAGGGAAAAGUGAAAAAGGAAAAGCAAAAGGAAGAUGAAAAGGAAGACAAGCCAGUGUCCCCUGCGAUCGAAGAUCCCGAUGAACUUGAGGUGAAGCUUGCGAUGAUGGACAUUUAUUUCUCAAAGUUGGACAAGAGGGAGGAUGCCAAGGAGAUUAUAUUUGAUAGGGGAUUAACAGAGUACCGGGCUAUACAAGCGCAAGAUAAGAAACUUACCAAGGAGGAGAGAGAGUUGGUACAACGUUAUAAACCAUUUGCAAAAUUACAGACUGCCGAAGACUUUGAAGUUCUUGUGGAAGGUUUGAUCUACGAACAAACUCUUCGAAGACGUAUAGCGGAACUCCAGGAAUACCGUCGCAUGGGAAUAACGACAGCGGCUGAAGCGGAUGUCUAUGAUAAUGUCAAGAAUACACGCUCAAUGGAAUUCCCCACACAAAAGCCAGCAGAAGUCUUACCGUCUGGUGCGAGAAUCAACGCCGGCCAGCACCGGUUCCUACACGGUACGAUGGCUACGCCUCUUCCAGAUGCAAAAACUCGAGAGCCUACGCCCAGAGCCAUCCCUGCAGUUGGACGCAAACCUCCUCAACCACUCAACCUUGCCAAUUCGGCCUCUCUCGAUCUCCUUUCAUCCGAAGAACAAUCACUCUGCUCUACCCUCCGCGUUUUGCCCAAACCUUAUCUCACUAUCAAGGAGCUCUAUAUACGUGAGAAUGAACGCCGUCAAGGUCUGCUGAGGCGGCGAGACGCGAGAAAGAUGUUGAAUAUCGAUGUCAACAAGAGUGGGAGAAUAUUCGACUUUCUGGUCCAGAGCGGGAUGCUGGUGUUGGCUUAUGAACCGCAAGGGAAAGGGAAGGCUAGUCUGCAGGCAGCCGCUGCCGCCGUCGCGCAUGGAGCCGCAAACGGUAUGACGACUAUGGACGGACAAUCACAAGGGAAGGACAUGUUGAUGGAAAGGGUGAAUGGGCUGGGGAUGACGAACGGGUUGAAUAAGCCCAUAACGCACGAGAUUAGGCUCAAUGGAUGAGCAAAUUUUCAGCCACUAUUCAAAAAGUUUAUACAUGUGUAAGAAGAAGCAAGGAGUACAAAACGAUAUAUUCAUCGAAGCUCGUCAGAAGUAUCAAAACAAGCAGUUAGCGCUUUGGUUCUUGGGUUGUAAAAAGUAUGCAUAGAUGCU